AAAAAAAUGUUCAAGUUUGCUAUUUUUUUCCUGCAUUUCCUCUUCACCAUUUCAUCAUCUUCCACUAUCAUUCCUCUACCCUCAACUCUUAGAGCUUCAGCUAGAAACCAAUCAUGGUCGUCACCCAACUCCAGUUUCUCACUUUUAUUCGUUCCAAUUACCCGAUCUUCUUUUUUCCUUGCCAUCACUUACAAUCCUGGAAAUGUUAUCGUAUGGUCAGCUAGUAACAAUGGCACUGGAGAUGCCGUUGUUGUUGAUUCUGGUGGGAUGUUAAAUUUGCUUCGUAAUGGAGCACUACGCCUAGUUAAUGGCUCGGGUCCCAUUGUUUGGGAUACUGGUACUGCUAACAGAGGAGUUUCACAUGCGUCGAUUGAUGACUCAGGCAACUUCCAGCUGCUCAAUAGUGAUAGUUUUCCACUAUGGUCUUCGUUCGAGAACCCUACUGAUACUCUUGUUCCUUCACAGAAUUUCACCGUUGGUAAGAUUUUACACUCUGGGUCUUACUCGUUGUCUCUUGAUAGAUCUGGUAAUCUUACUUUGAAAUGGAAUGAUACUGUUGAAUACUGGAGUUUAGGGUUCAACUCGUCCAUCAAUGGGAAUUUGAGUUCUCCAAGGUUUAUGUUGCGGCCUAAUGGGAUUUUGAUUGGUUUAGAUCCUUCGAUCCCAAGUGGGAUGGUUAACAUGGCUUUUAGUACUGAUUAUGGUGAAGGCAAUGAUGGGUUUAGGUUCUUGAGGAUGGAUGAUGAUGGUAAUUUGAGGAUUUACAGCACUAGUGGGAACAGCGUGGCUGGGAAUGUAACUCCGACAUGGGCUGCCGUGACUGAUCAGUGUCAGGUUUUCGGAUUCUGUGGAGACACGGGGAUUUGCAAUUACAGAGAUUCGAAUCCGAUUUGCGGAUGUCCGUCUCAGAAUUUCGAGCCUAUUGAUGGAAGAAAAGGGUGCAAGAGGAAAGUGGAGCUUGAGGAUUGUCCUGGGGAUGUUUCCAUGUUGCAAUUGGAACAUACCAAAUUCUUAACUUAUCCUCCUGAGGUUUCUGAGCAGACAUUCAUCGUGGGAAUAGCGGCUUGUAGGUCGAAUUGUCUUCAAAGUGGUUCUUGCAUUGCUUCCACUUUAGUAGCUGAUGGAAGUGGAUUUUGUUACAUGAAAACACCUAGUUUUGUUAGUGGUUACCAGGGUGCUGUUCUCCCGAGUACCUCAUUCGUCAAAGUUUGUGGACAAGCGGUUCCGAAUCCACCACUUUACAAGGACACAUCCGGGAAGUAUGAUGAAUCACGGUUGCAUGUGAUGGUUGUUGUUGUUGUUGUUUUGGCCAUCCUUUUGGCUUUGGUUGCAGUGGCGACUGGUUUUUGGUGCUGGUUUUACUGGGGUAGCGAAAAAUCAGGGUAUAUAUCAGCUAAAUAUGAACUUUUUGAUUAUGCAUCUGGUGCACCAAUGAAGUUCUCAUAUAAGGAGCUGCAACAGUUUACGAAGGGGUUUUCGGAGAAGCUUGGAAAAGGUGGUUUCGGGGCUGUCUACAAAGGAAUACUGACUAAUAGAAUGGCGGUUGCUGUGAAACAACUCGAGGGAAUCGAGCAAGGUGAGAAGCAAUUCCGGAUGGAAGUUGCAACUAUUAGCAGUACACACCAUUUGAAUUUGGUGAGACUGGUGGGGUUUUGCGCCGAAGGGCGUCACAGGCUUCUAGUGUAUGAAUUCUUGAGAAACGGUUCACUUGACAAGUUCCUUUUUACACCAGAGGAAUCGUUGAAUUGGGAAAAUCGAUUCAACAUCGCCCUUGGAACGGCUAGGGGAAUAACUUAUCUUCAUGAGGAAUGUCGAGACUGCAUAAUUCACUGCGAUAUAAAACCAGAAAACAUUCUGUUGGAUGAAGUUCACACUGCUAAGGUGUCGGAUUUUGGCCUAGCAAAGCUUAUGAAUCCAAAGGAUCAUAAGUACUUGACUUUGGCAAGCAUUAGAGGGACUAGAGGAUAUUUGGCACCAGAGUGGCUUGCAAAUCUUCCAAUAACCUCAAAGUGUGAUGUUUAUAGUUAUGGGAUGGUUUUAUUAGAGUUAGUGAGUGGAAGAAGGAAUUUCGAGGUCUCACCCGAAACAGAUGGAAAAAAAUUCUCCCUCUGGGCUUAUUCGGAGUACGAAAAGGGCAACAUCGAGGCCAUUGUCGACAAAAGGCUAGAACAAGUCAACAGAGAGCAGGUUGUAAGGGCAAUUCUGGUGAGUUUUUGGUGCAUCCAGGAGCAACCACUACAGAGGCCAAUGAUGGGAAAAGUAGUGCAGAUGUUAGAAGGAGUCAUCGAUAUCGAGAGGCUACCGACUCCAGAACCGGUCGCUGAAGUCUCCGGUAGUAGUACAACCAUGACCCUGAACAGUAAUGUCGGUGCUCUGUCAACAUAUGCAACUUCCACCACUGCUCCCUCUUCAUCUCCUUCAUUCAUAAACAUGGGAAUUUCGCCUCCGAGAUCAGAGAAGGAUACGGCAAAGGAAUCAUCUUCCUUACUAGGCUUAAAGUGAUGUGACUCUACUCGUGAUUUUGCCAACAGAAAAGUUACCCCAAUGUGUUUUUACUAGUUCGUGUUUUUCUUUUUUCAGAUUUGCAUUAAUGAAAAAUGCAAUUGUCUUAGUUAUUGACACAAUGAGACAAGUUAAAAGCUAUAAAUUACAAUGAAAUUAUUUCCAAA